AUAUUGUUAUCAUCAGCAUCCUUCCUGGGGUCUGCAGAGCGCGCAGCUGCUCGGUUACAACGACCAUCUAGGAGGAGCGCUUGGAGUUCCAGCGAUCGGAGCUCUUGAGGGGACCGGAGAGGGGGCACACCCAGCCCAGCUGGAGCCCAGGGGCCCCUGCCCGCUGCUGGGACGAGAUGGCCGCGGGCGUCCUGGUCUGCCUCGGGGCGCUGCUGGCCCGCUGGGGCGCGGCAGGAUUGGAAACUGCUGUUGUCAUUGGAGAAACUCAAGAGAACAUUACUCUUCCCUGUGGCAGCAUUUCAGGCCCGAGGGGCCCUGUGACCUGGUACCGUAGUGACUCGGAGCCAGUCUUCCUCCUGUCCUCCAAUUCCAGCCUUCCUCCUGUGGACCCACGCUUCUCCCUGGUCAAUGCCAGCUCCCUGCACGUGGAGGCGCUGAACCUUCAGGAUGAGGGCAAUUACACCUGUCGGGAGACCCUGAACGGGACUCGGUGGUUCCGCAUGGAGCUGCAGGUGGCCAGUGGCCCCUACAAAGUGGAGGUCAACAUUUCCACCACUGGCUCGCUCCCCAACGGCACCCUCUAUGCAGCCCAGGGCUCCCAGGUGGACUUCAGCUGCAGGAGCAGCUCCCACCCCCUGCCCAAAGUGGAGUGGUGGUUCCAGGCCACGGGUUCCAACAUUGAGCCCUUUGAAAACAACCUGACGUCCAGCCAAUUCUCACUGUUACGGAUGUCACAGAACCUCCAAGGGAACUACACCUGUUCAGCCAGCAACGAGCUCAGCGGGAGACAUCGCCAGGUGACCUCCGAGCUCCUGGUCUACUCCCUCCCUUUGUCUGUCCCUCAAUGCUGGGCAGAGACGUCACCAGGACUUUCCGUACUGCAGCUCACCUGUCGCUGGCAUGGAGGAUAUCCGGACCCUACCUUUCAGUGGACAGAAGAGCCAGGAGGUGUGGUUGUGGGCAAGUCAAGACUUGGAGUGGAGGUGCUGAACCAGUCCCAGCUGUCAGAUGGCAAGAAGUUCAAGUGUGUCGCAAGCCACGUGCUGGGGCCAGAGUCUGGAACUAGCUGCGUGGUACAAAUCAGGAGCCCCGCCCUUCUCUCUGAGCCCAUGAAGACAUGUUUACUCGGGGGCAAUGUGACGCUCACCUGCCAAGUGUCUAGAGCAGACCCCCCUGCCAGGAUCGUGUGGCUGAGGAACCUCACUCAGCCCAAGGUGGUCAUCCAGCCCAGUGGUCACUACCUCAUUGCCCACUCCGGCCAGAGCUCCACUCUCACCAUCUGCAACUGUUCGCAGGCCCUGGAUGAGGGCUACUAUGUCUGCCGGGCUGAGAAUGCCGUGGGGGUGAAGGAGGUGGACAUCUGGCUGAGUGUUAAAGAACCUGUGAACAUCGGGGGAAUUGUGGGCACUAUCGUGAGCCUUCUCCUGCUGGGACUGGCUAUCAUCUCAGGGCUUUUCUUGUAUUACAGCCCUGUGUUCUGCUGGAAAGUUGGAAGUGCUUUCAGGGGGCAAGACAUGGGUGAUGUCAUGGUUUUGGUGGAUUCAGAAGAGGAAGAGAUGGAGGAGGAGGCAGAUGUUGUGGAAGAGGAAGAGGAGGAAGCAGUCGAGAGGGAGGAGUUGCCUAAGGAAAUACAUAAGCACUGCCACAUUCACAGAGUGACUGCACUGGUGAAUGGGAACAUUGAACAGAUGGGUAACGGACUCCUGGCUCUGCAAGAUGACAGCAGUGAGCAGCAAAGUGACAUUAUUCAAGAAGAAGAUGGACCAGUCUGAGGAAGAGAACUGCCCUGCAUUGUCCUGUCUUACAAGCUUGGAAAGCUACCUGGAGGAGGAGCUUUUCACUUCUGCUGACUUGACUUUGUACCCGCUGACCAACUUAUGGUUUGGGGCACUCAGCAAUACACACACACACACACACACUUGCAUUUUUUAAAAUACUGGUUUGAUUUGAUAUAUGUUUUCUCAAUAGUGCUAAACAUAUAACUAUGGGAAUGGGCAGUGCAGAGGGGAGAAAGCUGCAUUUGGUGUCUGAGAUGCCCCUUUUGCUGUGACUUCUCAUUCAAGUUGACUGAGGCUGACUUGGAGGGAAUUGGGGGAAAGAAGCAUUUGACUUCUUUGACCUUCACCACUAUGGAAGGUCUGGAACCAGCAUGCCCCAGCACACGAGGGAAUAGUGUGGGGGGUGCUAGGGCCUUUUCCUUUAUGGGUGCCCAGGUUAGCUGAGGAACUGAGCAAGCAUCAGACUCUUAGAAAGGAUUAAGGAGAUACUGGCUUCUGAGAGUUUGCCUCCGGUGAGGGAGUCAGAAACACCCAGGCUGGACUCUGCUUCCUGCUACUUGUUUCCUUGUUUCCUAGGCCUGGGCAGGCUUCUCUGCCUCUGCCCUGGCCUCAGCUUCCUUUUGUGUACAAAAGGUACAAUCACACCAACUUUCCAGGGUUGUGAUGAGGACUAAAUCGAGCUAUUUGGGGAUGUGAAAGUAACCAGGAAGUGCUCCUGUUAUCUUUUCCCUCUUUUGCCUUUCCUAGUGGAAGAGAAAGUGUCAACUGUAAGUUACAAGCUGCUGCUUAGGCCUCUUCUUCCUCUUUGUCUGAUGGUGUUACACCUGAACAAAGGAUUUUACUUCCCUGAAGAUAGCAUUCAUUCUUUUCAAACGAGGUAGGGGCUGGUCAGAGAAGUGCCUUUGAACAGAAACUCAAAUUUCACAGAGCUUCAUAUUUAUGCAAAAGCCCCUGUGGUGAGACGCACUCUUAACAUCCAGCUUUUUCCAUUCUUCCAUUCUCUAGUGGAUUUUAAAGAGCGCAGAAGCAAUAUUCCUUAAUGAUACAACUGUGACAAGUAUUCUUGGGCAAGUAUUGAAUGGCAAUCAUGUGUGAUGAGUAUUAGGUGCUGAUGCUGCCAGCAGAUACUUGUACAGUGUAGAUUUAUUUUCUUCACUGAUUUCAUCCAAAUCUUUUAAAUGUCAGGGAGCUCAGAAAGGUGCAAAAGUUGUGUGCUAAACCCAAAAAUCCAACUUGAACUUGUGCUCCUUAAUAUUGCAGAUCGUGUUCUUCAGGGUAAGAGCCAGGGCUUAAGGAGAGAUUCCCUUCUCUAAUCACAGGGGCUAGCACCCCUAAAAUGAGCAGCUGGUUGUCUGCAGGGUUGCCCUGCAGGUGGGUUUGGAGGGAGGGAGAGCUAUUUUCUUGGAUGAAUGGAUUAGUGACUGCUGAGCAAGUGAACCCUGUCCCCAGCUCAGAACUCUGCAGUGUCUGCCCCUCAGGAAUAGCUAUGAACCACAGGUUCAUUUUUUUUUUUUUUUUAACCCAGAGGACUGCUCUGCUCAGGCUUAUGGUGGUGCUAAGUAUUGAAUCUGGGAUUUUUGGUGCCUCAGGCAUGAAAGGCUUUUUGCAUAACCAUUAUGCUAUCACCCUCAGCCCACAAUGGUUCUUUUUGUUGUGUGGUACCCCAGAUAAUUAACCACUCUAACCAGUCUGGCAGUGGUGUCAUUUCCAAACACACUUAGGUUGCUUUUCCCAUCACUGAAUACUGGUCUGGUCUCUUCUGUAGAAUCCUCCAUGAUUAAAUCCCUGAAUUUGAAAGUCUACUAUGCAAAGGCAACUAUAUUAUUUAAAAAAAAAAAACUAGAAAAAAUAUCUAGUUGGGAAUAUAGGAAAUGACUUCAGUCUUAACUGAGAUGCUUUCCGCAACUUCCUCUUCUCUUGCAUCCACACCUGCUCAUCGGAAAGCCUCCAGGCAGUGUUUUUCCACUAGCAUAUGGGAGCGUCAAGGUUUAAGUGCCCAACGCUAGGAACCCUUGACCAACAGACCUGUGACUGCGCCCACUUCUCUGAUUUCUUUGUGCACACCGGUGGGGCUGGAUUAAGUGAAGAACUUGGCUACUGAGACAUCUUUACAUUUUAAGGAUUUCAGAAAGAAUUUGGGCCUUUUUCUUUCUGAUGCGCCAUCCCCAAAUCUACAAAGCAGUCAGUAGGUUACAGACUGUGUGGCAAAGUCUGAGUUGUUCACAGUUGUGCUUUCAGAGAUCUAUCUUAUCUGAAUGUAUUAUGAACUCAGAGACCAGGAGAGCUACUUAUCAGAAGCAAAAAGGAAACUUCUUCAGGUCUAGUACAACUGACGUUCCUUUUCCUUUAAAUCUGGUGGACACAGGGGAAAGGGGAUUCAUGCAGCCCUAUGGCUGUGGUAUUAGCUCCGAUUUUCACAAGCACAUACAGGCCCCACUGCGGCAGGAAAAAGCAUGAUGGAAAACUUUCCACGACUCAUGCACCAAGGAAAUGCAUCCUUGCUGGGUAAAAUUUAUUAUGAUGCAAUAAGUGCCAACUGAUAUAUUUCACCAGGGGACUGGCUAGGAGCUGCUGCAAAGAAAAAUAAGCAGAUACUUCUGCAUUAUUUUCAUCUUAAUAUUUGGUGUGUGUAGGGAGGGUUGCACUGGAGAACAUCAUUCCGAGGUUCUAAAAUGGAUUUUUAAAAGAAGAAUAAAAUAAAAGUUAUUUUUUAAAUAAA